AACACACUUAUUCCAUCUCUCUCUCCCAAUUCCUUUAAAUUCGCCAUUAGUGCCCAACUCAUAUUUCAGUUUUACAUCUCCUUUUGCAUUUGGCCUUGGCUUUGGUCAUGCCUCGAAUUUUUCUCCAAUGGCUUAGUCUAGUUGCGAUCAUUUGGCUUCAAUCCAUAAAUGGAACCAACUCAAAUUUCCCAGCUUAUUCAUCCCAACUCAAGCAUCUCCUUUCCAUUUCACAAAUUCAGCUUAACAACCUUGCCUUUGCCUCUGAUGCCGGUAAGCUGUUUGGGUGGCUUUCAGGCAGCGCUGCCAACUACUUGCCCAUGUGGUUGGUCCUUAUCCUCGGUUCAUCUCUCGGGUUGAUCGGUUAUGGAGUGCAAUAUCUCUUCCUCAUAGGUCGUGUCUCCAACUUGUCAUAUGGUGCCAUUUUCUUCCUCGCUAUGCUUGCAGGAAAUAGCAUUUGUUGGAUCAACACAGUUUGCUACCUCGUUAUUAUUAGAAACUUUCCCCUCGACAGUCAACUCGCCGUAGGAUUAACAGGUAGCUACCAGGGAUUGAGUGCAAAAAUCUAUACAGAUAUUGUGGAUGUCGUCUACCCUUGUUCAAACGUGGAGAGAGCCAGAGCCUAUCUUUUCCUUAGCUCUGUCUUACCCCUCACUGUUAGUGUCAUAGUCGCACCGGUAGUUAGAGUUAUUAAUACUGUGAAGUCAAAGAGGGAGGAAGUUGCAUUCAUAUUGAUUCUUAUCAUAACAACAGUCACAGGAGCUUUUGCUAUCAUGGGCAGUAUGGGAUCAGCAUCAAGCUUGUUAUCACCAUUUACUGGUGCAGUUGGAAUGGUAGCGUUGCUAUUAGCCCCACUUCCAAUCCCCCUAGGUUUGGGACUAAGACAUCAAAUCGGGAAACUUUCAGGGGAAAAAAUUCAUAUCGAAGAGACUAAUAGUGUUUCUAUGGAUAAAACGGAGAGUGGGGUGACAUUAGAUAUCAGUGACAUAAUAAGUGAGAGCCCAAGUGAAAGUUUCGAGUUAAGUUUUAGUUCUACUAGUGAAAAAAUGAAUGGAGAUCAGCAAAGCGAAAGCAGUACUAGCGGAGAUGAUAAGAUAAGUGAAACAAACGAGACAAAUAGUGUGAUGGAGGAGAUCGGUGUGAAAGUGAUGCUAAGGAGAUUGAACUUUUGGUUGUAUUUCUUUGUUUAUCUUUUCGCUGUUACAUUGGGCUUGGUAUUCUUCAACAACUUGGGACAAAUAGCUGAAUCUCGAGGGCGUUCAGCUUCUUCUCUUGUUUCAUUAUCUUCAUCCUUUGGUUUCUUUGGCCGUCUCAUACCAUCAAUCGUGGAUUACUUUGUCUCCAGGAGAAAAUACAUGAUAUCGAGACCAGCAUUUGUGGUAGCAUUAAUGGUCCCAACAGGAGCAGCCUUCUUCCUAUUACUAGUCAAGGACAACACCGCCCUAUGGCUUUAUAUCAGCACCGCCACUAUAGGAGUGUGUACGGGAGCAAUUGCUUCUAUAUCUGUAUCUUUAACGACGGAACUGUUCGGGACGAAAAAUUUUGGUGUCAACCAUAACGUUUUGGUGAUCAACAUUCCCAUCGGAUCCUUCCUCUUCGGUUACCUGGCAGCCAUUGUUUAUCGCAAGAAAGUAAAUGCAAAGGGGAAAUGCUUUGGCAUGGAAUGCUACAGAAACACCUUUAUUUUGUGGGGUACCCUUUGUUUUAUUGGGACCUUCCUCGCCUUAAUCCUUUAUGCUCGUACCCGAAAGUUUUACAACUCACAAAGAUCACAGGGUAAUAGAAGUUAAUUAUAAUUUAUUAUUUGAUAUACAUACAUGAAAAGCGAUCUAGCCUUGUAA